UGUGGUAGUGGUAGGUGGAGUAUGAAAAAGCUCCGAUACCACCACUGCAACCUAUUUGCACGAGUGUCCUAUCUGCCAAUCUUUAAAUAUCAGACUAACUUAUAUUCAUGGAUCGACAACGACCAGGAGGGAGAAAUUAACUCGACUGCUCAGCGGGCAGGCGGAUCUCGUUGUGAGUCGUGCACUUCCCAAGACCAGAUAAUCACAAAAAGUUACGAUGUCGCAAGAUUUAAUAGUCAGUACCUCAACAAAAACGUCAACAGCUUGAAUAAAUGUUGCUCUCCCGCCAGGUUCAGUGACCUGAAUUUACGAGACCCCGAGCUAGGCAAGUCAUUGCAAAGAAGAGGAGCAGACAAGCAUGCAGUAAUGCUCUUCGAUUGUAAAUGUUUUCCAGCUCAUUGUAUAUGUCAAUCUAGAUUAACUCUUGAUAAAUCUCAAACAUAUUUACCUAUAGAUAUUUCAUUAUGUAGCUCCACUGGAGUUGAAUAUGAUUACUCAGACGUGAGUAAUCGGAGUAAUUAUUACAAGGAAUACCCGGCAAUGGCCGCUGUAGUAUCCAAUUCAUAUAAACCGAAGAAGAAAUAUUCGAACUUCCAUCGGCAACAGUCACAUGCUCCCUGCACUACCAGAAGUUCUCGGAUGCGAUCAACUUUACCGCCUCCGAAAUCCGGCAACGUGUCAUCUUGUUCAUGGAAGACGAGGCCCGGCUCGUGGGUGUCGAUGGUAUGGUGCGCUUUGGCUCUCCUCGUGGCGGUGAUGCGGCCGUUCGAGGUGGUGCUUGCAACUCCUGUGCGGGUGCCCAGUUCUGCUGCUUGGAGGAGUCGCUCCGUCGCUAGAGAGAGUCCGUGGCUGGGUCACACCAGAAAGUUGGACAUCAAGCGAACGCGGUGCAGCAGCAGCUCAGGCGACACUGGCGUCUGCAUGUUUAACUUCGAGUGUCUCCAGCGCUCUGGGAAUCUCAUCGGCACUUGCAUGGACGGCUUCUUGUUUGGAGUUUGCUGCAAACUUUCCGACUUGUCUUCGGCCGAUGAGCCCUUGGUGAUGAAUAACCCUUCCACCACAGAAACAGACUCCUCUUUGAUAGCGCAUGAUAUUGAAAACCAUUCAGAACUACAGCCAUCGACACAGAAAAUGACACCAACCCUAUUCACUUACCCAGCAAAAAAUUCCGUGCUGCUUACCAAAACUAAACCCAACAAUACGGUUCUUUUAUAUACAUCCGGAUCCAUAUCGACGGAUCCUUUAGAUACUAAUUCUAAAGAAAUUCCUGCUUCAGCUCUUCUCAACGAACAGCAGAAGAACCGCACCAAAGAUGCCCCUAUAUCCACCACCACCUUACUAGCUCUUAAUGGAGAAGUUUUGUCUAGCUUGAACACUUCCAACAUGCCUACUAUUCACAUUAGCACCAAUGACAUGAAUAAGCCUACGGCUUCUGAACCUUUGACAGAAAAUAAUAAAACGGAGACUGACAACUAUAUUGGGGCGAAAAUUUUCCAAACUACUUCCCGUUCUAGCGAUUCAUCAGGAGCUUCAACGCCUGAACCACUACUUAUAUGGACAUUGGAGCCACAGACUCCAAUAUUGGGUUUCAAGCCUCCAACUUCAGUGUCAGCCAGUAUUAAAGUGGGUUUUCCAACCGUGUCUAAACAUAACUUUGGGAUUAGUGCGUUUAUGACUGUUCCCAAGCUUCCUUUCGAUGCCACUUCACCAAUAUCGCUCGAUGGCAGUAGUAAUCAACCAAGUACGUCAACAUAUUCUGAAGAAUUUCAGGAUGAAAAUGAAAUUGAAGAUUCCACUUCUUCUUACUUGGUGAGGGCCAAGCCCAACAAACGAGUUUCUUCUUCUGAGAUGAAGUCCACAACAGAAACACCAACCACAAUUUCGUGGCUUGACUCUUAUAACCUAAAUGAAAAUGAAAUCGCCCAGAAACCUUUGAGAAAACCCGCACUUCAACCCAUUCCUAAGACUUCACUCGAAGUAGAUGAUACAACCGAUGCACUACUCUUUUGGACAACUUCUAAGCCUAGCCUAAGGCCCCGACCCACGAGCUUCUCAUCGAGUUCAGUCGAGAAGCAACCGGUUAUCAAAAUGAAAGUUCCUAGCUUGUUGUUGCCAAGUAAGCCUUCCAAGAAAAAUAACGUUAGUGCAGAAGCAUUGAUAGACGAUAUUAUUGAGAGUAUGUCUAGCGCCCUCCUUGACGAGGAAGUCAAGAGGAGAAAUGAGUCCUUAACACUCAUGACGAUUCCGAGUUCUACACAGACGUGGGCUACUUCGACGUACCCCAUCCUUCCGCUGGACAUCGAUGUUGCAGAGAACACCAUUGAUCUGGACAGCUCCGUUAUAAAAACAACAACUACACUUUCAAGUGAAGUAAUUUCCCUCACCUCAAUUACUCCUAAACCCUUAAUUAAAAAAUCUUCAUCGACUCGUAAACCAUCAACCACAACUAAACCAUUAUCAACCACCACCGCAUCAACCAUAACGACGCCAUCAUCGACUGAUACUCUGAAUGAACCCCAAGCCGCCACUGAUGCCAGCAUUUCGGGCACCACUCCCAUUGACGAGUUCAUUGAGAGUUUACUCAAUUCUUUGAUGAUGUCGAACACAUCCAUGGCUCCUCCAAUUGAUCUCGAUUUGAUUCAACAGAUGUUAAAUGGCUCAGACGUUGGUUCAGUUGAAGACUUGGGGGCAGCAAUGGCCGCCAUCGCUACAUUUGCCAACAUGAGUGUCAACGCCAUGAAAGACUCCGCUGAACUCGGCACAUCUGUUCCCUCGUUGACGACGCCUUCAACCACAACUGAAGUGUCAACUACCAAAUCAACUACCAACAAGGCAGCUACCAAGCCAACUACCACCAAGGCCACAACCACCAAGGCCACAACCACCAAGCCAAAUACCACCAAGGCCACAACCACCAAGCCUAGUACCACAAAAGCCACCACGACCAUCAAAACAACUACUGUCAAAACUACCACCAAAUACACUACUCCUUUCACUAUCCCGGCAAGAACGCCAAGCUCUACAUCGUCAACAACUACCUCUACUACCACAACUACAUCUACUACCACGACUUCACCUACCACCACUACACUCUCUACAUCGACGUACAAGAAUUGGGACUGGCGCACGAGUUGCGGGGUGCGGCCGCUGUCGCGCACCGGUCGCAUCGUGAACGGCGAGGAGGCGGCGUUCGGGGUGUGGCCGUGGCAGGUGCUCGUCAAGGAGUCCACGUGGCUCGGUCUCUUCACUAAAAUUAAAUGCGGGGGAGUGCUGCUCAACGAUCGCUACGUCCUCACUGCAGCUCAUUGCCAGCCGGGAUUCCUGGCGUCCUUAAUUGUGGUUCUGGGCGACUUUGAUCUUUCUGGCGACUUUGAACCCGCGGCAGCCGUGGAGCGCAACGUGAAGCGCGUGGUCGUACAUCGUGGCUACAUCGCGCGCACCUUUGACAACGACUUGGCUCUGCUCGAGCUUGACAAACCUGUCAAGCUUGCCGAGCACAUCCUGCCAAUCUGCCUGCCUGAGACUGACGACGACUACGUCGGUCAAGUCGGCACCGUCACAGGCUGGGGAAGACUAUCCUAUGGUGGAAAUGUGCCGAAGAAGCUCAACGAGGUUCGAUUGCCCAUCGUCCCCAACGACGAGUGCCAGUCUUGGUUCCGUGAAGCGGGGCACGGCAAGAAAAUCAAACCCGAGUUCAUGUGUGCGGGUUUCAAGUCUGGCGUGAAAGAUUCUUGCGAGGGUGACAGCGGCGGUCCCCUGGCAGUACGCGGACCGGACGGGCGCUGGGUGCUGGCGGGCACUGUCUCCCAUGGUAUCAAGUGUGCCUACCCCAACCUGCCUGGCGUUUACAUGCGCAUGUCUUAUUACAAGCCAUGGAUACUUAAGGUCAUGAACGCAUAACGUUUAUUUUGAAUUUAAUUAUGAAUUAUGACCGCAGGAUAGGUACUAAAGGUCGUUCACUAGUGGAUAACGUUCAUUAAAAAUUUAAUGAUGGAUGACGACCCCUGCUUUCUUAGUUAUGAAUGGAUAACAUUCAUAAGGAAUUGAAAAAUUGACUACAUUCCUUCAUCACUUUUCGCAUAGUUGAUAUACUUGCCAACUUUGCUUCAGCAGAAUGACGACAGAAGGAAUGUACGUUUCUGUACGUAACAUGUCGUCUGUAGCAUGAAGCAAAUGCAUGUUUUUUGCCUCUUGAGUUUAUACGUGUGUUUUUUACAAUUUGUUUGUUACUAUGGACAACUAAACUGCCGCUCGGUUCUAAAAUAAUAUUGUACUAUACAUUAAUGUACGAUGCGAGUUCCAGCUAAUCGUUCAAAGCUUAAUCGCAAAAGCAGAAAUUAAUCAGUCUUUUUCCUGAAAAUUAAAACUCGUACUUAUAUGUACUUCUCAAACUUAAUUACAAAUUUGCAAAAAUUCUUGUCUGUUCUCGACAAAUUUACAUGUCGUCACCACUAGUCCAGAGUCAGUAAGUUCAGUAUUCCGGUUUAUGCUCAGCCUGUAUUCGACAUAGCCAAUUUGAAUAUUACCAAAUUAAGUUUAAUGCAAGCUUGCUCGGUCGGUUGUUUUUAUACACAAAUCCACUGUAGAGAAUGUGAUUCUUUAUGCCAAAUUCGGCAAAUCAAGAUAAGUUACAUAUUGAAGCUUGGGUGGUCAAGAUGAUUAAAUAUUGAUGUGAUCUGCACCUUUUUAAACAUCGACAUGGUAAUGAUUGUCAACAUUUUGUCCUCUUAUGUUGAUAUCUCAACGUACCAUUCCGCCUGCCGGAUAAUGAUUUGAAGUUUUAUACGUUUUCAUAUCAACGUCAAACAACGGACCAGCCGCAUUCUGCAACUGGAAAUAUGGCUUUCUCGAUGAUGAUGUUUUGUUUCAAUAAUUCUUUUAGAUUAUUUGGCACAUUCAAACAUUAAUUGUUUUGUAAUUUUCAAGAUUAUAGUUAUAAAUGCCAUGCCAAUGUAGAUGUGCAGCCUAAUUUGUUAAGUAUUAUACGCUAUGAAAAGGAUCGCUCCAUGCAACUUGUAACACGAGUCUAAGUUACUAAGCACAUGUUGAAAGCUUAUGUAUAUAUUUAGAAGCGUGUAUAUUUUAGCUGUGGUAUUAUUUAUGAAUCUUACUGUAUUUGUAUUUUGAAACCAUUAUUUAAAUCUUGCUAACUAUA